CCUGUGCCGGGAGCGCUGUGCAAUGCUCCUUACAGCCCGGGGCUGCCACCCUGGGACCCCGCUCUGUGCCCGACCACCCUCUGGCGACAAACCCGCAGUGACAAAUGCUCGUCACCGCGUCCCCGCUGGCGGGCGGCUCCAACGCCGCGCCUCCGCCCCGGUGACGGCCCCCGCCGGCUUCUCCUUCUCCGCGCCCGCCUCCGCCUCCGCCGGCUUCAGCUUCGGCGGCGCGGCGCCCGCGGCGGGCGGCAGCCAGCCCGCCGGGCUCUUCUCCUUCAACAGGCCGGGCACGGCCGCGCAGCCCUCGGGCUUCAGCUUCGGCUCGGCCGGCGCGGGCCCCGCCGCCACGGCAGCCGCCGCCUUCCCGCUGGGGGCGAACACACCCAAAGUGACCUUUGGGGCCAGCACUGCCACUCCAGCUCCUGGAAUCACGGGGGGCUUUUCUUUCGGCACCCCCGUGGCCAGCAGCACGCCCUCGAGCCAGGCAGCAGCCCCGUCUGGCUUUGCCUUUGGCUCUGCUGGCAGCGGCAGCAGCAGCACGGCUCCCUCUGGGACGACAGGAGGCUUCACCUUCUCCAGCGGCAGCGCGGCUCCGGCGGGCACGGGCGGCUUCAGCCUCGGCAGCGCGGCCGCGCCGGCCACGGCCGCAGGGCUGGGCUUUGGCACGGCCCCCGCGGCUGCUGCCACCACCAGCACGGCCACCCCGGCAGCUGCCAGCCCGGCAGCAGCGCCCUUCAGCCUCGGGGGGCAGCCCACAGGUCUGACCUUUGGGACACAGCCUUCAACAGCAGCCACCAGUACAAGCACAGCAACACUGACCACAAGCACCAGCCAGGCACCCACCCUGUCCUUUGGAGCCAAGCUGGGAGUCACAUCCACAGCUGCCACCACGGCCUCCACCACCAGCAGCACCUCAGUGCUGGGCUCCACGGGGCCCUCCUUGUUUGCAUCUGUGGCAACUUCUUCAGCCCCAGCCUCCUCCAGCACCACGGGCCUCUCACUGGGGGCCACCUCCACUGGUUCCACGGGGACAGCCACUCUGGGGACACUUGGCUUUGGAUUAAAGGUUCCUGGAACCACAGCUGCCACAACAAGCACUGCCACAGGGACUACUGCUGCUUCUGGCUUUCCUUUGAAUCUGAAGCCCCUGACUACCACUGGUGCCAUUGGGGCUGUGACCUCCACAGCUGCCACAACCACAACCACCACACCCAGUGCCCCCCCAGUGAUGACUUAUGCCCAGCUGGAGAGUCUGAUCAACAAGUGGAGCCUGGAGCUGGAGGACCAAGAGAAGCACUUCCUGCACCAGGCCACCCAGGUCAAUGCCUGGGACCGCAUGCUGAUCGAGAACGGAGAGAAGAUUACUUCCCUACACAGAGAAGUAGAGAAGGUGAAGGUUGACCAGAAGAGACUGGAUCAGGAGCUGGACUUCAUUCUGUCCCAGCAGAAGGAGCUGGAGGACUUGCUGACCCCUCUGGAGGAGUCAGUGAAGGAGCAGAGCGGGACCAUCUACCUGCAGCACGCGGAUGAGGAACGGGAGAGGACCUACAAACUGGCUGAAAACAUUGAUGCUCAGCUGAAGCGCAUGGCACAAGAUCUGAAGGACAUCAUUGAUCACUUGAACACAUCAGGAGGCCCAGCAGACACAAGUGAUCCACUUCAGCAGAUCUGUAAAAUUCUGAAUGCACACAUGGAUUCCCUGCAGUGGAUUGACCAGAAUUCAGCUGUGCUGCAGAGGAAGGUGGAAGAGGUGACCAAGGUUUGUGAGAGUCGCCGCAAGGAGCAGGAGCGCAGCUUUCGGAUCACCUUUGACUGAAACCCUCCCAAGUUCAAAGGAUGGGCAUAAAACCUCCACAGAAAACAGAGGUGUUUGGGAGCUGAGGACUGAAAUGACGACCUGGCUUUUUUUCCUUUUUUACAAUAAAAUAUGUUGUUUGUUCAAAGCCA